AUGGUACAUGCUCGACUUGGUAACCCUCCAAUGCCAUCGGUUGGUGAAGAAGCUGCAAACCCCCCUUCAAAUUGUAUCGGCUCGUCGUUGAAGAACAAAAAAUGCGUUUCUAGAGCAUCAGGUUCGAAGCGAAUUCAGCCUACUGGAUUCUCUCCAUCGCCGCCGCUUAAAAGUGUGAACACGAUCGCUGAUCUGAAGGAUCUGGCGUCUUCUAAUAUGGAAUCCAUCAAGCAACAUAUGGAGAGAUCGCAUUCUGAAAUUGCGAAGGAUUUUGAGUCUUCAAAGUGUCGCCUGCACAAACGCUACAAGAUCCAGACUCAAGAAUGCCAGCGAAUCAUGGAUGAGGCAGAUAAAGAACAUAAGAAGAUGUUUGAUCGAAUCAAUGAAGGUAGAGAAGCAAUGAAGGCUUCAUAUGCCGAGUUUAUAGCAGAAGCACAGACCACUGCAUCUCGUCUAUGUAAAACAACUAUUCCCGAGCUAGCAAAAAGUACUGAGAAAAGCAUUUCUUCACUCAAGAGCCGUUUUGGGAUCUCAUAAACUGCAUCUUGAC